UUCCCGUCUCUGCACACUUUCAAAAAGCUCACUGCUCUCAACAUUUCUCCCAUUUUCACUUCACAUUCAUUCAAUUUUUUCUCAACGCUUCAAAAUCUCAAAAACUAUAACAAAUAAACCAAAAUGGUCGAUGUGGACCGGAGAAUGACCGGCCUAAACCCGGCUCAUAUUGCCGGUCUACGCCGUCUCUCAGCUAGAGCUGCCGCAGCUCCGUCAACUGCACCUCUUCGUAACGGUUUAAUUUCUUUCACUACUCUAGCUGAUAAAGUCAUUACCCAUUUACGUAACUCGGGUAUCCAAGUCCAACCGGGUCUUUCCGACGCUGAAUUCGCACGCGCCGAAGCUGAAUUUGGCUUCGCUUUCCCUCCCGAUCUUCGCGCGGUUCUUUCCGCUGGUUUACCCGUUGGACCCGGUUUUCCUGAUUGGCGAUCCACGGGCGCCCGGCUCCAUCUUCGUGCUUCUCUUGAUCUUCCUAUCGCUGCUAUUUCGUUUCAGAUUGCGAGGAAUACUCUGUGGUCUAAAUCUUGGGGCCCGAGACCGUCCGACCCGGAAAAGGCGUUGCGGGUUGCGAGAAAUGCGCUGAAAAAAGCUCCGCUUUUGAUACCUGUUUUUAACCAUUGUUACAUUCCUUGUCACCCUUGUUUAGCGGGUAACCCGAUAUUCUUCGUCGAUGAGAAUCGGAUCUUUUGUUGCGGGUUGGAUCUAUCUGAUUUUUUCGACCGGGAAUCUCUCUUCCGAAGCUCCGAAGAUGAUCCAGUUAUUUUGAAGAAACAAAGAUCCGUCAGUGAGAAAUCAGCUGGGUCAUCCAUAAAUUAUUCCCGCAGGAGUUUGGAUACGGGUAUAUCAUCCGGGUCGAGAACGCCCCGAUGGGUUGAGUUUUGGAGCGACGCCGCUAUUGAUCGGAGGAAGAGAAACUCAGCGUCGUCUUCAUCGGGGUCAUCUUCGCCGGAGCGGUUUUUUGAUAUACCGUCAAGGUCCAAGAUGCCUAAAUGGGUGGGCGAUUAUAUAGAGCAAAUAGGAUCCGUUUUAAGAGAAGGCGGGUGGUGUGAGACGGAUAUAACAGAAAUAGUACACGUGUCAGCUUCCGGUUUCUUUGAAGGUGAAAUGAUUAUGUUGGAUAAUCAAGCGGUACUGGACGGUUUGUUGUUAAAAACGGAUCGGUUUUCGGAUUCACUUCGCAAAGCUGGGUGGAGCUCCGAAGAAGUAUCGGAUGCAUUAGGGUUUAAUUUUCGACCGGAGAAGGAAAGAAAAUCAGUGAAGAAACUGUCACCUGAACUUGUUGAGAAAAUAGGGAGACUGGCGCAAUCGGUUUCCCGGUCAUAAUAACUCUUGCAUUUUCCGUGUAGUGUAAAACUAAAAACCAAAAACGUUGGGUAACGCGUUGUACUAUGAAACAAAGCUUAUAAAUGAAAAUGACUUAGAGAAACUAAAACAAAAUUGAAAUUAUUUUGUAAGUGUGGUAUGUUUUCAUAAAAUUACUCAUUUUACAUAGAUUUGCUAAAUUCUUUAA